CUGGCGAGUAACGUGCUAUCCGUUAGUGUGAUCCGGCGGUGUGUUAUUUUCCGCAAAAUUCAACUUCCAAAAAGAAUUUCACAGCUGCUAGCGGUAACACGAGGCGGGGGUACCUUGACCUCCAUAUUCUGCCGACAUUUGUCCUUCAGCUGUCGGGAAUUUGACAGCCAGAAUUGUUCCAACAUCGACACGGCUUGGCAGUUGCGGAUAUCGUUAUAAGCUAACUAACAUUAGCUAACUUGUCCCUACAUAUCAGCUGCCUUAGCGCUGUAUGUGCGGCAAUAACAUGUCAGCGCCCUUACCUGCCAUUGUGCCUGCUGCCCGGAAAGCCACUGCGGCGGUGAUAUUUCUGCAUGGCCUUGGUGAUACGGGGCAUGGCUGGGCAGAAGCGUUCGCAGGCAUCAGGAUACCACAUGUGAAAUACAUCUGUCCACACGCUCCCACCAUGCCUGUUACUUUGAACAUGAGAAUGUCCAUGCCUUCUUGGUUUGACAUCUAUGGGUUGAGCCCAGAUGCAGAUGAAGAUGAGACUGGUAUUAAAAGAGCGUCAGAGAACAUUAAAGCCUUGAUUGACCAAGAAGUAAAGAAUGGAAUACCUUCCCACAGAAUUAUCCUUGGUGGAUUUUCACAGGGUGGAGCUCUGUCUCUCUACACGGCUUUGACAACUCAGCAGAAGCUAGCUGGAGUGGUUGCUCUGAGCUGCUGGCUCCCUCUCCGUAACUCCUUCCCUCAGGCUUCCGCCAACAGUGCUAACAAGGACAUGCAUGUCCUACAAUGCCACGGGGACGCGGACCCCCUGGUCCCCUUCAUAUUUGGCAGCCAGACGGCAGAGAAGAUGAAAAGCCUCAUCAGUCCAUCCAACAUCACCUUCAAGUCGUAUCGGGGUCUACCUCACAGCGCCUGUCCAGAGGAAAUGGUGGAUAUCAAACGAUUCAUAGAGAAGCAGCUUCCUCCCAUCAGUGAUGAGUGAACUCGGGAGUAGCCACACAACCGCACAGCACCAUCCGAAUCCUUUGAGCUUGACUGCAGUGGGCCCCCGUGGACUUGAGGAACCACUGACUUACUUGACAAUAAAACCGCGCUGCUACUUGUAGAGCCAGAGAGGACUGGGGCUACUCGUUAGCCCGGGAGAGGCAUGACUGUAACGAUGCUGCAUUCUGACCUGGAGCCACACACACAGUUCUCAGUGUUACAGUAGAGUAACAUUAGUUGCUUGAUUGUUCAGCUCUUUGCCAUUUAAACAAGCCAUUUCCUGUAGGAAACGUAUGUAUUUGAAAAACUAGGGCUAUACUUUAAGGUAAUACCUACUUUCUCACAAUAAAUGGCCUGUUGUUAAAUGUUCUUUUUUAUUAAUGUAGCCUUUUUGUAGUAGUGCUGAAACAAUUUUAGUAGUCAGAAAUUUAAUUAAGGCAUUUUAUUAAGCAAAAUGGCAAACAUUUGUUUUGUACUCAAAUUUGAGUAUUUGCUGAUUUUCUGUCUGUUUUAAAUGAUUGUAAAUCAAAUGUUUUGGGGGGGUUUUUUGUUGUUGGACAAAACAGCCAACUUGGAGACAUCAGCCUGGGCAUUCGUAACAUAUGAUGGACAUUUUCAGUCUUUUUGACAUCUUGUAGGCUAAACAAUGAAAAAUAAUUAACUGCUAAUUCUAAGGGAAAUAAUUAUUUUUUCUCUUCUAGAACGUUUCCUUAGUUGCACAAAUCUGAAGGUAGAGCAUUUUCAAACAAAGCACAUACACAAAAGUAUGAAAAGUACAAUAUUAAAGCAGCUUAAUAUGCAGUCCACAUUGAAGCAUUUCUAAUAACGUAUAGUACCAUAUGUUGACGACACACAACAGCAAAAACAACAUACGAUUGUGCUUUAUUUAAUUUGUGAGAAUCCAAAUAGCUAUUUCACACAAAUUCCUUUUUAAAUACACAAAUAUAUCAGUGGU